AUGUAUCUGGCUGGGUGCCUUGCUGACUGGAGUUCGUUCCUGCCAACAGAUGCCUCACGCUUCCUCGCUCAGUCACAGUCGCGAGUCGCAUCUCGCCCUGACGAGCUCCAAAGAACCGGUCGUGCUCCUCCAAACCCACGCCAAGGCAGCACACGACACCCGUCUUCGCGCUCUUUCUUAAGAAGCGGUGACCCGUAUCGACCGGGUGCCUCCCAGAUCUCAAAUUUCCCAUUUGCCUCCCGGGUAUCGGCUCAACCGGCUCCUUUGUUUUACAGCGCGACCGACGAAUUUCGGGAAGAAGAUGACGAGACCGAGCGGGAGCGCGAGAUUGCGGAUUUCUAUGCGUUGCAGCGUUCAAGGCGGCAUUUUGGCGAUAGCAACCUGAGGGAGUCCUCAGAGAACGACGAGGAUUCGAAUCGCUCUGUGGAUUUGAACGAAGGUCAUUCUCGAUACGAUGAGCGUCCUGGCAAUGGCAAAGGAAUCAAGAGCUCCUGGCGCGGUGAGAAGAGCGUACCUGCUCCCCGCCAAUCCCGAAUCGAGACGGUGGAGGAAGGCGUGGAGCAAGCGCCUGAGCCCCAUGUCGGCCCUGAAAGCAGUAGAGCCAGAGGGAAUCUGGUCGACGUAGGGCUGGAAGAUUCCUUCCGAGGUGGCAUAGAUGAUGCCGACGGUAUGCCAUCUGAGAUGGCCGGCGAUGAACCGCCCAUUCAACGGUUUCGAGAACGUCCUUCGGCCAAGGAUGACUCGUUCGGUUUCAAUAUAUCUGGCAGUCCUGCAGAGCAGACUCAGCCAUUGUUCUCCUCGGAAGCUCCGCGAAGGUCAAGCUCUACAAGUUCCCUUCCCGCAUCGAUCUCUCCUCUGACUUCCGAGACGACCAUGCACGAUGCCUUUUGGGGUCAACUAUUUUUGAUCGCUCUUGCGGGGCUAUUUGCCACUGCUUUUCUGGUCUGGCUGCAUACCUCAACCCCGUCAUCCGGUGACAAGUCACAAUGGGGGGACACCAUUUACUUCACCGUCCAUGGGUCUUACUUUCUGCUGGGGAUCUAUACUCUCGUAUCGGUUUUCGUCUCCCUGCUUUGGCUGGCCCUAUUACGAUCAUACGUGCGCAUUCUGGUCUACAUGGUCGUCGUUGCGGUACCCAUCAUUCUAUACUCUUUCUCCUUGUACCCUUUCAUCUCGAGCUUCAAGGGUGCAUGGAAUGGGACAAGCUCCCAAGACAGAGUCAUGCGCUGGGGUUCUUUUGUCCCUUUCGUGAUGGCGAGUCUAUGGAUAUAUAAUGUCCUGCGAGGGCGUCGAGCAAUCGGUAAGGCGAUUGGUGUGCUCGAAUUUGCAUGUCGCAUCCUGGCUGCAAACCCAGAGCUACUAGCCCUCGGCCUAGUCAUCCUUGCCUGCGUCGUCUCCUGGACGUGGAUCUGGAUGCUCAUGUUCACUCGUGUGUUCCUUGGCGGCCACCUUUCAGGGUCGAGAUCCUUUAUCAUUGAUUUGAGCAGUUGGUGGCUGGGUGUCUACUUCGUGCUGGUUUAUCUAUGGUCGAUUGGAGUGAUUGCUGGGAUCCAGCGUGCCGUCACUGCGGCCACUGUCAGCCAAUGGUACUUUCAUCGUCUCGCAAGCCCGGCGCCUACUUCGAGGCAGAUUGUCCAGGCAGCUAUUGUCCAUGCCACCACUACAUUAUUCGGCACGAUUAGUCUUUCACGCCUGCUAGGGCUGCUCAUUCGUCUACCGAUCCUCCUCCUACCUAGCCGAUUAUCCUCAAUCAUCAGUCUCUUUGCAUACACCAUCAUCCCCACACCCAUCGCGUAUCUCACAAACCCGCUCUCCCUAACAUAUGGCGCGAUCCAUUCGCAGCCGCUGGGAGCUUCCGCACGAGGCCUGAGUCAAAUGACCCUCCUCGCACCCUCAGCAGCUUCGACAUCUCUCCACCCCGGCGCCUAUUCUCGCUCACCAGGGGGAUCCGCUUCCCUCCUGUCCUACCGACUUUCUAAAUUGAUCCUCCAUGCUACACGCUUCAUGAUGUCUCUGGCUCUUGGUUUCGGCGGUUGGGUCACCACGGCUCGAAGUCUGAACACAAGCGGUACCAUUCGAGGCAGUAUGUAUGCCUAUGUGGUCGGCCUCAUUGCAGCAUCGAUUGGCUGGAGCAUAUUAGGCGCCAUGGAGAGUGUCAUUGCAGACAUCGUAGAUGCUGUCGUGAUCUGCUGGGCAAACGAGGUCGGCGUAUAUGGCCGAGAAGCUCGGUAUUGCCGCGAGGCUGGGUGGUUGUUUGGAGAUUCAAAUUCUGACCUCCGACGCGAGUACGGGGAAGUAUAA